AUGAGCAAUCCGACCUUCGCCCAAGCGCAGCAGCGCCUCGCCGAGCGCCGCCGAACCCGCGAGGCCCAGGCCCAGGCACGACUCGCCGCUGAACAAUCUGCCUCCCAGAUCCGCUCACGAAUCUCAUCGCACCCUUCUCCCCUCUUCAGGAGCCUCGGCGGAACCGCUCUGUCGCUCUGGGAUACCGUUUCGUCACCCGAGGGCACUCGACCGGCCUUCCGCGUGGGCCAGGUCGACGCAGAGCUGCUGGACGAGGAGCUCGUGCAGCUCCUGCGGGACCAGGUCGGAGAUGCCCUGAAGUACAUCGGCGGGCUGGGCAGUAAUUUGAAGGAGGAGUGGUCCGCCGAGAUAUUGCUGGUGUUGAGAGCCGUGCUGUUCAAGUUGACGGUGUGGGAUCACGAUGCAACCUACGGCGCAGCCCUGCAAAAUCUGAAAUAUACGGAUGCACGGCACGAUGGGCCAGUGCUGGUGCCGCCGACGAAAGUGCAAAAAUGGCUCUACGGCCUGAUCACCGUGGGAGGCAAGUACGGCUGGACGAGGCUUGAGAACUGGCUGCUGAACCAGGACAACGGGUUCGAUGCGCCAAGCCCACGGGCUCAGAGGCUAUCGCGGCUGACGUCCACAGCCGAGUCUGUCCAUUCCGUGGCCGCUUUUGCCUCGUUUCUGGUGUUCCUGCUCCAUGGCCGGUACAGAACAUUGCUGGACAGGAUAUUACGGAUGAGGCUGGCACCGCCCACCAGCCAGGUCAGCCGUGAGGUCUCCUUCGAGUACCUCAACCGGCAGCUCGUCUGGCACGCGUUCACAGAGUUUCUGUUGUUCGUCUUGCCACUGAUUGGCAUAAAUAAAUGGCGCAGAUGGCUCAGCCGGACAUGGAGAAAGACGAAGAACGCCAUAUCAAGCAGCGGCGAUGGCGACAGCGAAGAGAAGAAGGGCGAGUACUCGUUCCUGCCCGAGCGGACAUGCGCCAUAUGCUACCAGGACCAGAACUCAGCGUCCUCGGAGCAGGAGGUCUUGGCUGCUGCGGCGUCUAGUGGUGUGGUCGGCUCAGCGCAAACAGACAUUACCAACCCUUAUGAGACGAUUCCUUGCGGCUGUGUCUACUGCUUUGUCUGUCUCGCCACAAGGAUAGAAAGGGAAGAGGGCGAGGGCUGGACGUGUCUCCGAUGUGGAGAGCAGGUCAAAGAGUGCAAGCCGUGGAGCGGAGAUGUUCUGGAGCCUCCGAGCAAGUCACCGACGAACAAGGCGGUCAUGUUUGCGGACGAUGUCAAGGACACGCAGACAGAGACAGAGAGCUCUCAAGCGGAAUAUGUCGACGCGGUUGAUGACCUGACUGAGUCUGCAUCUACCGUCAAGGCCCAGAGCAGCGACGAUGACAGCUCUGCGGACGGGGACUCGGAGGAAUACGAUGAGGAGGAGGGUGAACUUGGCGAUGAUAUGGAUGAUUAUUGA